AUCAGAACUUUAGGACUACCAGCAAAAUGUACAAAAAGCCUGGAAAUUUAGGCAGGAUACCUUCCUCACAAUAUGGACUCUGAAUCUUUGGACAGCUGCAUCCAAAGCACACUCGCGGCACUCUACCCGCCAUUCGAGGCCACCGGUGGCACUGUGCUUUGCCAGGUGCUGGAUGUGGUAGAGUCGUCGUAUCGUGGGGACGGCCUGCACUACCUCAUCGAUUUCCUGGUUCCUGCCAAGCGUAUCCUCCAGAGCAUCCAACAGGAUGCAUGUUUCCCAUAUGGUGGAUUCUUGUUCCGUCACGAGGGCUGGCCACUGUGUGUCCGUGAGAAGAUCAUAAUUCAGUUGUCCUCUCUGGACAAGCGUGUCCUGCAGCCUGGUGACUUUUAUCUGCAGGUUGCAGCAUCAGCCAAAAGCCCACCACGCAUCACUCUCAAGUGUCUGUCACAGAACGGGCAGUAUGUGGAGGACUUGGAGAUCCCUGAGCUAGCCUACACCUCACUUUUCAGCAUGGACUGGCUGGACUCCAUCAACCGGGAGAGAAACGGAGAUGGCCAAGCCACCCUGGAGCACUGCCUGCUUUCAGCUGAUAAUGAUAUUUACAGGGUACCUUGGGAGGAUGUUGUGCACCCUGAGUUUGUCAGCAGACCCCCAAAUGCAACCAAGCUGGUGUUGGCAAAUGGUAGCCAGAAUGACUUUGGAGAGGAAAAGGGGCAGGAAGACAACCGUAAUUCUUUGUCAGAGCAAGUGCUUUUGAUUGACACUUCCAUAGGCCAGUCAGCAAAGACAGAGGACCAGUGUGAAGGAGUUAAAUUCCACUCUGCUAUGGAAAAGGACAGUAAGGAGAGCAGCGGGAGAAGCAGCGCAGCUGAUGAAUCGGAAGGUGAAUACGUAGAGCUGGAGGACAUCACGUACCCUCGCUUUUCCCCACAGAAGGGGUCUUUGACUCAGUCUAUAAGCACGAACUUCAGAAAUCUCCACAAACCAUGGACUACAGGGCCUGCGCAGCCAAACAAUAAUGCCAUACUAAGCACUGUGAAAAAUGGUGCUUGCCCCCAAAGCAUUGUGUGCGCUAUGCUGAUCGAAGAGAACCUGAGCGAGCCAUAUCACAACCAGCGGCAGGAGAAAGGUGACACCGAUCCAGCCUCUCAUAAAGGUACACUUCAAUCUGACUGUUUGCUUGAGCAUGUGCCUGAGAACGAGUGUGUGCUUAAGCACUCAGACUGCAACAAUACAGCACUUAAUGACUUAAAUACUGACAUCAUGCAUCCAGACACUGAAGCUAAAAAUGAGGUUCAUCACUGUCCAGAAACUCAUUGCUUUGAACCAGACUGUACCAACCAGGUCUUAUCAGACUCCGAUCAGACUUCAGCAAAGAGUUAUACUACAGAAAAUAGCAGGGAUAUACGAGAAGUUGAGUGUUGUUUUCAAACGGGCAAUAAGGUUACUGUUCAUAUUACUGUGCAGGACACUACUGUACCAAAUGUACCACUUUCAUCAGCCUCCAUCUCCACUGAGAGUCAGAAAGAGAUGCAGAGAAGCCUGGCUCAUAUAAAAGAUCCUUUAGACCAGCAAGUGAGUCAGCCAGCAGACUGCGUGUACAGUGUCCAUAAAAGUGAAAGCAACCAUAGUUCAUGUGAUGCAGAGGAGGGCAGUCCUAGGUCAUCAGUCCCCCUUGGGGACCAGGUAGACCCGGCCAUUGUCUGCAAACAGCCUGCGGAGAGUCAAAUCACAGCCAGCCAUCCAGGUCAGGAGAGGACAGAGUUUUGUAUGGAGAUUCAUAAGAGGAAAGAGGAAAAUAAAGAGACAGAUUUGGAGGAAGAGAGGAAAGAGCAAGUAAUACCACAAGACACAGUGGAACCGAGUAAGACCGGUACAAAAGACGAGGAGCUAAGAAAAGGGAAUUAUAGAGUGUUGGAGGCAGAGGGAGUGGCAGUUGAUGCGAUAGAAAAAGGUAGGACUCCUCAAACAGGUUUGGUAAACUAUACACCCAAAUCUGGCACAGCUGCAAGCACAUAUUUAGCUUGGGAGACAGGUAAAUCAUUAGGCACAGACAAAAAAGACGCACAAGAGAGGCUAGAGCUAGUGUCUGAAAAGGUGGAGAGUCAAAGUAUGGGAAUUACAUCCAAAGGCGUUGAGAAUGCUGGCAUUCUGGGAUGUUCUACCAUUGAGAGUGAACAGGUAACUGUAGCAGUCAGUUAUUUAGAAACUAAAGAGUCUGCAGGGCCUCAACGCCCUGGGAUUGCUUCAGAUGUACCAGACGAAAAUGGUGGCACACCCCCAGAACAAAUGGAUAUACAGACUUCAGAUGCACUGCUGGAGGAAGAUAGUACCCUUCCAGUGUCUAAUGUGGAGGAGCAGAUGGAUGGAGAAAAAACAGAAAGAAUAGAGGAGCAAAGGUUACAAGAUGAACUUACAUCCUCUUUACAGCUGGGAGCGGAGAUGAAAUCGCAUCAGCAAGAGCUUCUCCAGGUAGAGAAACGACACAGCAACACAGAUGACUCAACAGUGAAGCUUCGGGUUCCUCAGUCUGCAUCUCACAUAUCUGAUGGAAGUCAUCCUCUUCUCACAGAAAUCCAUAAUAUCAGCCCUGACAUCCUGAGCUCAGGAGUUCUCUGCCUGCCUGGGACGCGGGACAAGUCAGGCCGAGCUCUUGUAACAGUGACAACGCAAAACACUGCAUGGCUUAACCCAAACUGCAACAGUAGUGAGCUUGGGCGCAUUAUGAUCUACUUCUACAGCACUGUCAGGAAGGAAGUGCGGGCACUGGGUUUGACUGUUCUAGUGGAUGCUCGCAGGUGCUCAUCUGUUCCAGCUCUCUUCAAGACCUUUAUUAUCUUACAGGAAGCCAUGCCUGGCUGUAUUCACACUGUCCUCUUACUGGCUGAUAAAGAUGCCACAGUACGCAUGGAGAAACCCACUGCAGUUCAGGUGGAACUGCUAACCUCACUGAAAUCUCUUCAUAAGCACAUUGUUGCUUCUCAGCUUCCCACUGAAUUUGAUGGCACUUUUCCUAUGUGCCAUACCAGCUGGAUCAGUUUUAGAAAGAGGGUUGAGCAGUUGACCAGUCAUUGUCAGGAUGCAAUAAAUCUUCUGCAAAGCACUAUCUGCAGUUUGGAGUCAACGGCUCUACCUUCGACUGCAGAGGAGGCACAGGCAUUGCUGUGUAUGUAUAAGGAGCUGAUGAGGAGUGUACUGGAGGACGGCAGGCUGAUGCGUCUGCAGCUGGAAGGAGGAGCUGCUCUCUCUCGUCUUCGCAAAGAGGAGACAAGUGUCAGCCUUACUGAGGACUACAGGGAUGCUAUUGAAGACGUUAGCACCUUGUAUAAUCAUGUUGAUGAGCUGGUCCAUAAGCUGGUGAUGCUAUCAAAUAAGUGCACUCAGGAGCUGCAGUUUGUAUUGGAGUUUAAAAACCUGGAGGCAGGCUUUAAGGAGGUCGGUCAGUGGAUUGAGGAAGUUGGAGAGAGUAAACUACAGACUCUGGGGGAAUUGGAAGAUUCUCUGGAGCAGCUACGCAGCAAACAAGCCCUUUUUAGAGACUUCUACACCUCUGCUUAUUACCAGUGCAAGAGUGGAGAAGCACUUUUAAAGCGAUUAGAAAAAUGGGAAGAUAUCCAGUCAACUGAGCUGCAAGUGUACGAGGUCAAAGUGCGCUCCUUUUGGCUCCAACUACACAAUUUUUCCCAGAGGGUUGAGGACACCAAGGAGAAAAUCGACAAGACUGUGCGCCUGUAUGAGUUUUUUGACAAGGCAUAUGAGUGGGCACUGGAAGGCAUGAGACACUUGGCCUGUGUGAGCAUGGAGGACUGCAGCACACCAGAGAGAUGCCAGAAAGUAAUGACUUGCCUAGAGAGCUACCGCAGCCAGCAUGCACCGAUCCCUGAUUCCCAUUUCCAGGAGAUGAAGGACCUUGCCGUGGAAAUAAAAAGUGAGCAGGGUCUCAGACAGUGGAAAUUUGCCUGGUCCAAGUGCCAGGAAACCAAGCAGAUGUUUGAAAAGAAGCUGGAGGCGGCACUGCGUGCCCGUGACUCUGGAUCGAGCAGCAGUGUUCUUCAGGAACGGAGCAGUAGCCUGUCCUUCUCCUGCAGGAAGGCCUUUAGCAGGGGCUGGGUUCGCGAAAGACUCUCUUCUACCCCAUGCAGCCCUGAUGGUAGCCGUCCGGUUGCCCGCAAAUCACUGAGGACCCCAACAGGCAGUCCGUGUCACUCAGACACCCAAAGUUCACACAGCACCCCUCCAAGUUUGCACCAGCUGACACGCAGCGUCUCCACAGACGAGUCUCCUCACUCAUGCAACACUUCUUCCUCGCUCAGCCCCAGUCCCUUCUCACUGGGAGCAGUCAGGCGUAGGAUUCUAAGAAAGACUCAGAGCUUUGAUGCCACUGUUUGUGAAACAGACACAAGGUAUGGCACAUGUCAGCGGACACUAGGUGAGCCAGUGCACAGAGGCAACACAGGAGUGUUUAUUAAAGGCCUCGAGGUGAGCAGCACAGAGGUGACAAAUCGGCCCUACAGCCCACGCCUCACACAGGCACACAACUGGGCGUUGCAGGAUCCCCACCACACAGAGAGUCCUGUUUUAGAGACACGCACCAAGGGCAGUAAACUAAGGCACAUUGUGGAUGAAAUGGUGACAACAGAGCGCGAGUAUGUGCGGUCGCUGCGUUACAUCAUUGAUCACUACUUUCCUGAGAUGGAACGUCCAGACCUUCCACAGGACCUGAGGGGCAAGCGCAGCGUUAUUUUUGGCAACCUGGAGAAACUGGUGGACUUUCACAGCCAGUACUUUCUCAAGGAGCUGGAAAGCUGUUGUAACCACCCACUGCGGGUCAGCCAUUGCUUUCUGCGCCACCAAGACCUGUUUGGAAUGUAUGCCCUAUACAGCAAGAAUAAGCCGAAGUCUGAUUUGCUGCUGGCCAGCCAUGGAAACAGCUUCUUUCGGAACAAACAACUCGAGUUAGAGGACAAGAUGGACUUGGCUUCAUACCUGCUCAAGCCUAUCCAGCGCAUGAGUAAGUACGCUCUGCUUCUCAAAGACCUGAUUAAGGAGGUUAAUGAGGCUCAGGAACAGGAGCUCUCCUAUCUACGUGCAGCUGCCGAAAUGGUCAAGUUUCAGCUGCGCCAUGGUAAUGACCUGCUUGCCAUGGAUGCCAUCAGAGACUGUGAUGUGAAUCUGAAGGAGCAGGGGCAGCUGGUUCGGCAGGACGAGUUUACAAUCUGGUAUGGAAGAAAGAAGUGUCAGAGACAUGUGUUUCUUUUUGAAGACCUGGUGCUGUUCAGCAAACCUAAACGCAUCGAAGGAGGCUUUGAUGUUUACAUAUACAAGCACUCAUUUAAGACUGCUGACGUUGGUUUAACAGAAACGUCGGGCGAGAACGGUCUGCGUUUUGAGAUCUGGUUUCGCAGGAGAACAUCAAAGAACCACACAUACAUCCUUCAGGCUGCUUCAGCUGACAUCAAACAAGUGUGGACCGCAGACGUUGCUCGCAUACUGUGGCAGCAGGCCACACGCAACAAGGAAAUUCGCAUGCAGGAGAUGGUGUCUAUGGGAGUGGGCAAUAAGCCAUUUCUGGAUAUCAAACCUAGUGAUGCUGCUAUCAAUGACCGAGCUAUUGAUUACAUUAUGAAAGGCAGAGGAGCCAGGACGAGGGCUUCCAUUGCCGUUUCCCUGUUUGAUCACUCAAACCCGUUCAAGAGGGCUGCUGUUAGUGCGCCUGUUAAUGGACAAGCAGGUACAGGUGGGCCUUCCUCUUCCACACUGCUGGGACCACUAAAUCUGCACAUGUAUAGCAGUCAGACCCUGCUGCCAGGGGAGAAACCACUCAUCAGUCCCUGCAUUGAGGAGGAUGAGCUUGAGCAUGAGACCAGCAGCCAGCCUUCCAUGACUACGGAGAGUUCUGGGUCCUCUUCCCACUGUCUAUCAGGCAGUGGCUCGAGUGGAUCGGACAGUGGCUGUGUGACCAAUCACCUACCUGAGGCUUUGUCUGAAGAGCCCAGCUCCCCCUGCGACACCUCCUGUUACUCCUCUAUUACCUCCCCUUCCAAACACAAACCGAGCUUCAACACCCAGUACAUUUCAGAGAAAGACACUCAGGUUCUAGGUCCCUCCACGAUAGUGUGAGUGCUUGCUGUAAGAAGUGCUGCCACUGUUUGAUGUCUGGCUGCUUUUCUAAAAGACCACCAGGAGAAGAGCACACAAGUCUGUGAUUGCCGUUUCUCUUUAAACAAGCCGGCAUAAUUGUCUUUUUUAUUUUAUGGCCUGUGAGCUUACAUUGCAUUCACAUAUGUUAUUUAUCUUUUUUUAAAAGUCCUGGUACAGUAGUUGUUUGUAAUAACUGUAAAUAAUUAUUGUUUUGAUUUAUAAUGCAGUUCGGCACUGUCUCUGAUUUGCUGUUGUCCACUGUAGACUGCAAACAUACUAAAAUACGUUGGUACAAGAGGGUAGCACUAAACCAGGAGUUAAAGUGAAAGCAGUGUUUCCUUUACUCACAGUUUGAGUAUUAAUAUGACUGUAUAGUUUGUUCAGUAUUUCUUCAGUUACCAUUGUUGGUAUUUGCUGAGUUGUUUGGAGUUAUUUGCUAUUUUGGCUUUCACUCACCUCAAGUCAGUCAUGUCCUCACGCAUUGUUUGCAGACACUGGUCCUGCAUGAACCUAUGAGGGAUUGUUCUUAAUGUACAUGUUUUAUAUAAACCUGCAAAGCAACAGAACUCUACAUUGUAAAUAUUGUAAUACACUGCACUGAGUAGGAUGAACUACUAGUAGUAGGAACUAAAAUGACUUUUACAUGUAUGCAUUAGUCAACCAACCAGGGAAUCACAAAAGUGCUAUUUUCAUCAUAAAAAACAAGCAAUUUUACAACAAAAGAACAGGCAUUUCAUUUGAACAUAGAACUGGAGCGUGACUGUUUACUUCAGUGUCAUAUUUCCUAACAAAUGUACCUAUAUUUAAUAAAUAAAAA